AUGGGCGGCGAUGUUCCAAAAUCCGAGCUUGUCCAUAUCAACACCGGCGAUUCCAUCACGUCCGCGGUCAAAUUCUACAAAACUCAACUUGAUUUCGGGCACAAGAAGCCUGUGUACCUCGUGGAUACCCCUGGAUUCGGCGAUACCCGAACACUCGAUACAAAGCCUUUUGGCAACUCCAGAGACUCUUCGGCGGUCCAUAGUGAAGAUCACACAAACGUAUCCCACGCGAACAAGUUGAUUCUUGCCUUCCAAAACAAACAGAUCACUAAAUUCAGCGGUGUAUUCUGGUUCGUCGGUACCUGCAAGGCAGAGGAAGGGCUACGGGAAGAAGCGGCAUUCAUCAACAAGCUAGCCAAGCCCGAGGACAAUGGACAUGGCUUCUGUAUCUGGGAUCACGUCGUGGUCAUUCUCAGAGGCGACUAUGGGGUUGAAGGCGCUCAAACAGCUGUCUCCCAUGUGAUCGGUGGUAAUAACCACAAAAAACUGCAUGGUGUACAGGUCUUCAUAUCGAGGAAGGCUGCAGGCCUCACUGGAUUCGGAGACGGAGUCGUUGUUAUUGAGCAAGAUGAACGUCUUGCAGUCCGCGGAAACCCAACUCAUGCUGGGGCUCUACUAUCCUCCGGCAGCUUCGAGGCCACGGCGUCAAUCAAGUGGAUCAAUCAAACAAUGAAAUGUCAACGCUGCCUGCAAUCCGGCGAUCCGCGUGCUUUCUAUGCUUGCCACCGCGAAGUCGAAGCAAUUCAUUGCCCUAUCGAUGAACAUCCGGGAUACCUUUUACAGAUUCACGGAGAGCGAGAGUGGAAAGAUUUGGCCAAAUCCGUGGGUAAAAAGACGGCCGCAGUGGUUGGGGUCGCGGCAGGAGUGACUACAGUUGCUCUUACAGUUGUUGCGUCUCUUGCAAUCCCAAAUCCCGUCACACCCGCGCUUGGACUUUGCGUUGCCCAUUUAACUAUCGGAAUCGGCGCCACUGGAGCAGUAGUACCGAUAGCUCAAGCUCUGGGGAAGGGUGCUUUUCCAGGGAACAAGUCGCGUAUGCCUCUCGUUCACCUCAAUCCGGCCAAGAUAAUCGAGGAGAUAUCCAAGGAGAUGCCAGAGGAGACGUCCGAGGUGUUAUCCAAGGAGCAGCUUAGGAAACUGAGUUCGAAGCGCAUCACGCUAAAGGGCAGCUGGGGCGAUGUUGUUCUCGAGGUUGUGCAAGAUGUGGCAACUAUACAGGACCAGCGUGCACCAUCUCUUGUAAGAAGUGCAAGUGGACGGACGAAGAAGACAACCCGAUAA